AUGGCGUCCCUCAAGACCUUUCGAGAAGAAUUGGUCAAGCAGAAGAGAAAUAGCGUCCCUGAAGUACAGACUUAUCAAUCCAUCUCUGGGGAGAAUCCAUCUAGCAGAAGAGAAAUGGUGUUGCUCGAGACUCAUCAAGCCAUCUCUGAGAACAAUCCAUCCAGCAGAAGUGAAAUGGCGUCGCUCAACAAGAUUUAUCAAAUCAACCGAACAGAAGAGAAAUGGAGUAUGUCAAGACUUAGUAUCAAUCCAUCUAGAAGAAAAGAAAUGGUGUCCCUCAAGACUCAUCAAGCCAUCUCUGAGAAGACUCCAUCCAGCAGAAGAGAAAUGGCGUCGCUCCAGACUUAUCAAGCCAUCUCUGAGAACAAUCCAUCCAGCAGAAGUGAAAUGGCGUUGCUCAACAACACUUAUCAGGCCAUCUCUGGGACGAAUCCAUCAAAUAGAAGAGAAAUGGCGUCGCUCUAG